AUGCUCAUCACAGAGACACACAGGGAUGUCCCGACCCAGGCGGGCGGUGACAUGCGGGUCUUCCUCUUCCACCCGACUAUUGCAAACUACCCAAAGGCAAAGUUCCCCGGCGUUGUUGUGUUUUCUGAAAUCUACCAGGUGACGGGCCCCGUAGCUCGGUUCGCACGCCAGAUUGCAUCCCAAGGCUACAUUGUCGCCGCCCCAUCCUCGUACCACGAGUUCACUGGCCCAGAGGCUCUAGCCUACGACGGCCCGGGCACCGACGCCGGAAACGAGUGGAAAAUCACCAAGAAACUCGAGGCGUACGACGAAGACGCCAAACUCUCCGUCGACAUCCUCCUCGAUCUCCCAACGUGCAAUGGCCGGAUCGGCGCCACGGGCAUGUGUCUCGGCGGGCACCUCGCAUACCGCUGCGCUCUCGACCCGCGCGUCGCGUCCGCAAUCUGCUACUUCGCGACCGACGUGCACAGCGGCACGCUCGGCGCCGGGAAGAGCGACGACUCGCUGCAGCGCGCGCGCGACAUCCAAGGCGAGCUGGUCCUGAUCUUCGGGAAAAUGGACAACCACGUCCCCGCCGCGGGGCGCGAUCUGAUCCGCAAGACGCUGCACGAGGCCGGGGUGACGUUUAGCUUCUACGAGCCCGCGUGGGCACAACAUGCCUUUAUCCGCGACGAACUCAGCAAAGGCCGAUACGACGCCGCGCUCUCCGGCAUCUGCUUCGAGAUGCUGAAGGAGCUGUUCAGCCGCACGCUGCGCGCUGACCUCGGCCCGCGGACUGGCGGAGACGUCGAGAUCGAGGACGUUUGCUAG